AUGUGCUCCCGCCAGGACAAGGACCAGUGCCACAAGCAGGAACGCUACACCCGCCAGACUAGCGGCGGCUGCCACGGGAGUGGUGGUGGCUGUCACAGCAGCGGUGGUGGUGGCUGUCACAGCAGCGGUGGUGGUGGCUGUCACAGCUCCGGCGGUGGCGGCUGCCAUAGCUCCAGUGGUGGUGGCUGCCAUAGCUCCGGCGGCAGCGGUGGCUGUCACAGCUCCGGCGGUGGUGGCUGUCACAGCUCCGGCGGUGGUGGCUGCCACGGGAAGCCACAGGUCCAGUGCCAGCAGCAGCAGCAGCAGCAGCAGGUCCACCAGCUGCCCUCACAGAAGCUGAAGUGA